AAAAACGGUACGGAGAAGAACGAGGAGGGUGACAAGAGAAAAUGGUCGCAUUUGGGAAGAAGCUCAAGGAAAGAAGCAUUGAAGAAUGGCAAGAAUAUUACAUCAAUUACAAAUUGAUGAAGAAGAAAGUGAAGCAAUAUGGUCGACAAAUCGAAGUAGGAAGUCUAGAUCGUCGUCAUGUUCUUAAAGAUUUCUCAAGGAUGUUGGAUCAUCAGAUAGAGAAAAUCUCUCUUUUCAUGUUGGAGCAACAAGGUUUGCUUUCAAGUAGGUUGCAGAAGCUAAGGGAAUGUCAUGAUGCACUCCAAGAUGAGCCUGACAUAUCUCAGAUAUCUAAUCUAAGAGAGGCCUAUAGAUCAGUGGGACAAGAUCUUCUCAAGCUUCUUGUUUUCAUCGAUACGAAUGCUAUUGGUAUCCGUAAGAUACUGAAGAAGUUUGAUAAGAGAUUUGGCUAUAGAUUCACAAACUAUUAUGUCAAGACUCGUGCUGAUCAUCCUUACUCUCAACUCCAGCAAGUGUUCAAACAUGUGGGUCUUGGAGCUGUUGUUGGAGCCAUAUCUCGAAACCUUCACGAGCUUCAAAACAAUCAAGGAAGCUUCUUAUCAAUUUAUGAUCAGCCUGUUGUUCCUCUUCAGGAUCCUGUGGUGGAUUCAAUCAAGAAUGCAGUGGAUAGGCUAACACGUUCAACAAACUUCCUUAAUUUCAUGGCUCAACACGCUCUAAUCAUGCAAGACGAAGAUUUACUGAUUCAUGAAGAUCAAGCGGAUCAAGAAGAAGGGAGAUAUCACUUCAUGUCGCUCUUGUUAAACUUGGCAAACACGUUUCUCUAUAUGGUCAAUACAUAUAUCAUUGUUCCUACAGCAGAUGAUUACUCCAUGAGCCUUGGAGCAGCAGCAACGGUUUGUGGAGUUGUAAUUGGUGCAAUGGCUGUGGCUCAGCUCUUCUCUUCGGUUUACUUCAGCGCCUGGUCCAACAAGUCAUACUUCAAACCACUUAUUUUCAGCAGCAUUGUUCUUUUUGUUGGGAACCUAGUUUAUGCUUUGGCUUAUGACUUCAAUUCACUAGCUCUUCUCUUGAUUGGCCGGUUAUUCUGUGGAUUUGGUUCAGCAAGAGCAGUGAACCGGAGAUACAUAAGCGAUUGUGUGCCUUUGAAGAUUCGGAUGCAGGCUUCAGCCGGUUUUGUUAGUGCAAGUGCUUUAGGAAUGGCUUGUGGUCCUGCUCUUGCCGGUUUACUGCAAACCAAUUUCAAGAUCUACAAUCUUACCUUUAACCAGGAUACACUACCCGGUUGGGUUAUGGCUGUUGCUUGGCUUAUGUACUUGGUCUGGUUAGCUAUUUCUUUCGUGGAACCAGCACGUGAGCCUGAAGAGGUUCAUACUUCACAAGAAUCUAACUCCGAAUCUUUAAUGUUCGAUGAAGCUGAUCAAGAUGGAAACAUGGAGAAGGGGCUUACAAAACAGCUUUUACUUGCACAAGACGAAACAGAACAUGAUGAUGAAGAUGACUGCGAUGGAAGUGAAGAGUCUGCUGAAGAUUCACGUAAACCUGCUAACUCCUUUGUAGCUGCAUACAAGCUACUCACUCCUUCAGUGAAGGUUCAGUUGUUGAUAUACUUCAUGCUCAAGUAUGCAAUGGAGAUUCUUUUAUCAGAAUCAAGUGUGGUUACCACAUACUACUUUGGUUGGUCCAUGAGUUCUGUUUCAAUCUUCUUGUUCUGUCUUGGUCUAACUGUUUUACCGGUUAACCUCGUUGUUGGAAGCUAUAUCAGCAACAUGUUUGAAGAUCGGCAAAUUCUGUUGGCGUCAGAGAUUAUGGUCUGUGUUGGAAUACUUCUCAGCUUCCAUGUAGUAGUCCCUUACACCGUGCCUCAAUACGUUAUCUCUGGGUUCAUCAUGUUUGUUUCUGCUGAAGUUCUUGAAGGUGUGAACUUAUCGUUACUAUCGAGAGUAAUGUCAUCGAGGCUGUCACGUGGGACGUACAAUGGAGGUUUAUUGUCGACGGAGGCUGGAACGAUCGCACGUGUGAUUGCUGAUGCAACUAUCACCGUUGCUGGGUUCUUGGGGCAGAGUAUGCUUUUGAAUGUUACUCUGCUUCCUUCUUUUAUUAUAUGUGUUGGGUCUAUUGUAGCUACUUGUUUUACUUUCAACUCCCUGUAUUAG